CACUGCACUCAACCGAAUGAUUAUAUAAAAGAGAAUGAAGAGCUUGGAAUGGAUAAACUUCACACGUUUUGAGAGAUAAAGAAAUGGAUAUCUCUCCAGUUCUAAGGAUCAUGGCUUUUGUGCUUCUCCUGAUUUCAUUAAUUGUAAUGGUAGCAGACAAGACAAGAUCUAAUGUAUUGUUCUCAUUCAGUGACAACAGCAAUGGCCUAAAAUACAGUUUCAGUACCUUUGAGGCCUUCAGAUUUGUUGUAGCUGCCAACGUGAUAGGGUUUCUAUAUUCCUUCAUAAGGAUUAUUCUAGGGUUUUGUCCUACCAUUGGAUCAAUCCUUUUAUACGUCAGCUUUAUCCUCGAUCAGAUUAUGGCCUAUAUGCUUUUGUCUAGUUCAUCGGCAGGAAUUGCAUACAUAAUGUUUAUAAGAGAUUCCUUUGAAGGUCAAGAAGCAUAUGGUGCAGGUGAGAAAAAGUUUGUGAGGUAUGCAGCAGCUUCUGUGAGUAUGGAGUUUCUAGGGUUUCUUGUUAUGGCAGCCUCUGCAGUAAUUUCAACGCACAACCUCCUUCGUUACUUACGUUCCCCAAAAUGCUGUUCUGUGCCUUGUCAUAAAAUUCCUGCUGACAAUACUGAUUCUAGACAGCAAGAUGCUGCUUCUGUGUGUUUGGAUUUGGUUUUAGAUUCAUAAGAACCAAAUUCAUUGUGUUAUGACUUUAAAUCAUAAGAUCUUUUAUGUACAAGAAAUAUGAAACCAUUAUUUACGGUAUUUGUGGUUGCGAAUCAGAUGUCAGCUGGAUCUUCUAAGGAAGCUUAGUGUGGAAGAAAUUUAUGUAAAUGUAUUCAACUUCUGUUUCUAAAUGUCUCCUAAAGGAAGCUUAGUGUGGAAGAAAUUUAUGUAAAUGUACUCAACUUCUGUUUCUAAAUUUUUUAUAGGAAGCUUAGUGGGGAAGAAAUUUAUGUAAAUGUACUCGACUUCUCUUUCUAAAUUUUUUAUAGUAUUCAAUAUCUUUAAUAGUACAGUUCGGGUCAAAUUAAUGGUCAA